UAUGGGCGACCCCUCUUUUGGUUCAGGAGGCAGGUUCAGGGUUUGUUAUAAAUACUGAGAGUGUUUGUACCCAGCUUCAUUCUCACUGGUCACCUACAACCGGGUCUGACAAAAACCAUGGUCCACGUCACAUGCACCACAGUCUUGCUGGCAGCGACGUGUCUGCUUCUAAGUCAAGAUGUUGUCACAGAGACAGUUACCACCUGUGAAGUCGAGACUAUCCAUAGCCUGAGUUGUGAUAUCGGAGUGAUCAGGGUGUAUGAAGCCCUGUAUGGACGUGCAGACAGUGUGACCUGCGGUGAUGGAAGACCUCCGGGACAGCUCGCCGACACAACGUGCUCUCAAGAUGGCACUGUGGACGUCCUCAAGAGAAGGUGUGACGGAAGAAUAGUGUGUGAUGUGAGAGUGAGUGACUUCGGCUCACCUGAUCCCUGCACAGGCACCUAUAAAUAUCUACAGACCAAGUACACCUGCCUCCCAGCAAUUCACCAAGUGACAUGUGAGCACUCUUUCGCCUCCCUGCAGUGUGAUGAAGGGAAUCUUAUAUUUGUCAUUGGUGCCCAUUAUGGACGCCACGACCGGACCACAUGCAUUUCCCAACGGCCUGAGUCUCAGAUCCAAAACAUCGACUGCUCACGCCAGCAAGCCAGCAAGGUUUUUGAAAGCUGCGAUGGGAAAAACGGCUGCGUUAUCAAAGCCGGCAACUCGGUGUUUGGAGACCCCUGUUAUGGCACAUUCAAGUACCUGGAGGUCGCUUACAUAUGUGAAAAAGACACGGGCUUUGAGGUGUCCCCUGAUGAGGUUGAACCAUCCGUCGGUGGAGCGGAUGAUCAGACUGACGCCAUUCCGAUGUCGUCCAGCAGCGACUCUCUGAGCACGUCCGACGAGCCGGACGCCAGAGCCACGCUGCCCACCCCGUGUGACAUUCUGGUGUCCUACUCUACUUUUCCGGGUUAUGUGUCCUGGAGAGACACCCAGUCAGGCUCCUGGUACGUGGAGACACUGGACCGGAUUCUUGAGGAGAAUGCUUCUACCGAUGACCUGGUCACAAUGUUGAUGAUGCUCAUUAUGGGCGACCCCUCUUUUGGUUCAGGAGGCAGCUUCAUUCUCACUGGUCACCUACAACCGGGUCUGACAAAAACCAUGGUCCACGUCACAUGCACCACAGUCUUGCUGGCAGCGACGUGUCUGCUUCUAAGUCAAGAUGUUGUCACAGAGACAGUUACCACCUGUGAAGUCGAGACUAUCCAUAGCCUGAGUUGUGAUAUCGGAGUGAUCAGGGUGUAUGAAGCCCUGUAUGGACGUGCAGACAGUGUGACCUGCGGUGAUGGAAGACCUCCGGGACAGCUCGCCGACACAACGUGCUCUCAAGAUGGCACUGUGGACGUCCUCAAGAGACGGUGUGACGGAAGAAUAGUGUGUGAUGUGAGAGUGAGUGACUUCGGCUCACCUGAUCCCUGCACAGGCACCUAUAAAUAUCUACAGACCAAGUACACCUGCCUCCCAGCAAUUCACCAAGUGACAUGUGAGCACUCUUUCGCCUCCCUGCAGUGUGAUGAAGGGAAUCUUAUAUUUGUCAUUGGUGCCCAUUAUGGACGCCACGACCGGACCACAUGCAUUUCCCAACGGCCUGAGUCUCAGAUCCAAAACAUCGACUGCUCACGCCAGCAAGCCAGCAAGGUUUUUGAAAGCUGCGAUGGGAAAAACGGCUGCGUUAUCAAAGCCAGCAACUCGGUGUUUGGAGACCCCUGUUAUGGCACAUUCAAGUACCUGGAGGUCGCUUACAUAUGUAAAUGUGGGUAGCGCGAAGGCCAGUUAGCACAGCUUCACCCUACUGCUGUAUGUGGUCCAAAUGUGCAGAGGAAAACAUGAUGUGAGCAGAAUUUUCAGUUCCUUCACUCACUGUCUGU